UGAAAAAAAUUGGCGGUAUGGAGACAACACGACAACUGCACCAACUUUCCUGUGUUGUCGAUGUGGAGUUUUCGCUUUGACUCUACACUAUGCUACGUUAACUGUAACUACUGUAAACUACUACCGCCGGUACCGGCUUUUCAGUAAAGUUGUUGUCUCGAAAACUUAGUCGAGUUUAUGUUGCAAACUCCAGACGAGUCCCGAAGCUAAACUUGCUAACAGUAUCCGACGUGACGCGCUAGCUGGCCGUUAAUUGUCAACGUUAGCCGGGGUGGAUGACGUUUGCCGGUUAGCGGACAUCACUUGUAUUGAACUUCAGUACUUUAUGGUAAAAUUAUAAAACCUAGGUCCGUUUAAUAAUGGAGGGGACUGUACCGUUACUGAAGAGCAACGGUAAAUAUCUGUGGUUUGCCCUGCUGGGUUUGGGAUUUCAGCCAGACGCUGCGACGUCGCUUGUGACCGGCAGAGCCAACGUUAAGCAGCUCAAUUUUGGAACGACGAUGUUUGAAAAACCAAACAAGGAUGCUUUCCACAUUGUCAUCCAUUUCUUGUUGAACAAGCUCAACCCCACACGCUUUCAGGAGGUAUACAGGCAUUGCUGGCCUGUUUUGAAUCACAAAGCAGAUGCUGAGUUCCGGAAAGUCACUUGUGCUUGGCUGCGAGAGAUAAUGGAUGAAAAUGGCAGUGCAGGAUCCAAAGUGGUAGCGUCAUUGUUCCUCUCACCUGGAGGCCCCAAGUUUAUAAAUGUGAUGCUCCAGUUGGCCAAUCAUGUCAUGCUGCAGGAAAUGAAGACCUUCACCACAAAUGGCAGCUGGGUUCCUGAGACUGCAGCGACUUCUGUCUCCAAGGACAUGCUUUGGAAGAGAACAAAACUGAUGAGGACCAGGUUCCUGAAGGUUGCUGUGGACCAGGACAACCUUCUUCAGGAGUACCAGAGACGAGCCCAGUCCCUGGUGAAGUCUAGUAAAGAUAUCAGGGCUGAGGGCGCCAAGUAUGAUGAUCUGCUCAAGUGUCACAUUAGUAAUGGUGCACAGGACGGUGCUUCUCAAGCUCAGAAAAUCCAAAAGGUGCGCUACCUGUGGUCGGUCUUUGAUGGAAUGUUGUCGACCAUCAAAGAAGAGCAGAAGGUGGUGGACUGUGUUGUGAACGGUGAAGUGGACCAACACACCUUAGAUGGGACAGACCUCGUUCUCAAGAUUCCCCAGACUCUGCUGGAGAGAAUUGAGCAGCUCCCACAGCAUUUGAGCGCAGGGAAUGUGUACGAAGCGGGUCAGCUAAACCUCCUGAGUGUGCUGGAGCUGAUGAACCAUGCCCUACUCCUCCUAAAGGAGGAGCAGUCCCGGCUUCCUGAAGCCUGUGCACCCCAGCUUCAUCCACAGCACCUGCAGGAGAAGUGUCUGCACAUGGCCCGAGGGCUGAAGGGCCUGCAGCUCAUGAGACAAAAGAUUUCCAAAGAAGAAAUCCCUGAGGUCAGGGGCGCCAUUAGAAAGUUGGAGGCCGAGUGGGACAGGAAGUGGAUGGAUACUCUGAAAGAUACACCCCUGAUCUCUUUUCUAAAUGAGGAUCCUGCUCUUGGUUUCCUCUCACCAAUGGCUCCACUGUCUUUUGAGCCGGCAACUGAAGCCAUUUACACAAGCAGUGUUUUCUCCCAGUACCGUGCUAAGCUUCUUGAGGAGAAGCCUGCAGAGACUAAAUCACAGGAUGGAGACACAAGUUACUCUAAGCUCAAAAGAAACAGCUUUUGCCUUCCAACAGAUGAGAAAAUGGAAACUCCUGUUGCCACAACGAAAGCAUCCUCGAGAGCAGAUACCUCUCUCCAUGGGCUUUUGGAUACACAGUCCUCACCUGUCAGCACUCCACCGCCAAAACCUCAUCAGGCCAGCAUGAGGAAGACAACUCAUUCUCAUCCGAGGCCGGUUACCAUGAGGACUAAGGCUCAGAUAUUGGACAGGGAAUAUGAUAACCUCGCCAAUCAGUUUGCAGAUGCUGUUACCGCAAACAGUCCGAUGGAUGGCAGGAUCAAAGGUUUGGAGCUGGAAGACCUUCUCAGCACUCUAGGGGGUGAUCCCUUCUCUACCAGGAAGCAGUUGCCACGCACCCCAGAGAGCUUGAUUUUGGAUGUGAAGAACUCCUGGCGAAAGGCAAUCGAGGAAGACAAAGCCCAGAAAACACAUCUGUCAGCCAAGUCUGAUGUCGACAGCAUCAUUGAAUGCCUCACUCCUCUUGCUGACGUCUCACUGAGACCCAGUGCUCCCUCCCAGAGCGUCUCCUCUGACCCCACUUCUGCUGCACACCACAGUAGUCCUCCUGUCUGCCAGCAGGGGGAGUCACACAUGUCCACUCUGUCAUGGGACUGCUCCAACACAGAGGCCCCUCAUAGCCCGAGUGGCACAGGCAGCAGUGCCUUCCACUUCAGCCUUCACCACGAGACUCUUCCUGAGAUGCCAGGUAGUGACAGCUUGCUGAGCCUCAGCGAGGAAGCUGCGGACCCCUCAGAGGAAGAGGAGGAAGAGGAGGAUGAGCUUCUCCUCCCUGGCAUCCCCUCCCUGAAGAGCGAGACCAAGCAAACACUGCUAACUGCACGUCAGCGUCUGGAGCAGAUCCAGCAGGCGUGCAGCGAUAGCUCAUUCAUGGACAACAGGAAGAGGAGUCCAGACUGCCUUCUGUCUCGUCACGAAGCACCCAGUUUGGACAGGAACUGGCUAAUGGCAGCAACGAUGGACGCUGCAACAUCAGUGGCAGCCACAGAGAAAGUCUUCUCACUUGAUCUGGAUACACUAGAGAGCCCCUCGCCCCCAAACAAGCAGGAAUACAGCCUCCCCAAGCUGGUAACAUUCUCUCCCAUAGAUGACAUGUAGUGUUUCAUACUUUACCAUGGACCACUUUUGAGCCUUUCCACAACUAUGUGCCUCCUGAUUUUUUUCAAUAGACAUAUCACAAGUGUUUGCGCAUACAUGUAAAACUACAUGUAUUUCUGUCCCAUAGUAAGUUUUUCUGUACUUGAAUAUAUCUGUUUUAAUUUAAAAUUAAUAGUAAGACAUGAACUGCUUUAAUAAAGUUGUCUAAUUUGUUUCA